AUGCACGAGUGCAAGAGUUUGUGCAAGCGGGCAGCUGCAAGGUUGCCGGUAGUUAUACCCAUAUGGUUCUUGGCUAUUGUUUUUCCAUUCUUUGGCCCCAUCAACUCCACUGUCGGAUCACUUCUUGUUAGCUUCACUGUCUACAUUAUCCCGGCUUUGGCUCACAUUUUCACCUUCCGAUCUGCCUCAGCCAGAGAGAACGCAGUGAAUCAACCAUCCAAGUACGUUGGGAGAUGGGUCGGGACUUGUAUUAUCAACAUCUUUAUUGUUGUGUGGGUGUUAAUCGUCGGUUUUGGAUUUGGCGGAUGGGCGAGCAUGAUAAACUUCGUACACCAGAUCGACACAUUUGGACUUUUCACCAAGUGCUACCAAUGCCCUCCUCAGUUGCCACCAUCAUCUUCGCCACCCAAUUUCUUCAAUGCCACGGCUCCUCUGCCACCUCCCACAGCCAAUCUCACACAUCCCCACCGCCCUUGA